AUGGCGGACGGACAUGAGUUUGGCCGGGUGGCACGAAAUAACAACAAUCUUAGUGUAGCGAGAGCUCUUGCUUCUUCUGUCAAAACACUUUUGGGACCUAACAACGGCUUAAAGUGCUGCAGUUCAGAUGAUGAAUCUGUCAUAUGCAGCAGUGCAGCCAAGUUGUUGCAGUUCAUUGACAUUCAACAUCCAGCUGGUUUUAUCCUAAAUGAUGCUUGCCAAGGCCAGUACAAAAAAUAUAGAACAAACUGCAAGACUCUCAUAUGCAUGGCUGGUUUCUGGAGCAGUGCAGUGGAGGAUCUGCUAGAUCAGGGUGUUCCUAUCCCGAUCAUUUUACGUCUUUUUGAUGAUGCACUUCAAGUCUGUGAAGAGGUUUGUCAUCAGACGUCCAUUGAUAUAACCGAAGCUUUGCAAAGUCAUCAAGACUUGAACCAUCCAGCCAAAGAUGAUUAUGGUGACAAAGAGAACAGCAAAAGCAUCUCCAAAGGGAUUUCUUGUCAUCCAGUUGCUGAAUUGGACAUCUUGAAGAAGACUGAUCUUAUUGACGCUGUUGACGCUGAUGACAUAUCAUGGUAUUUUGAUGGACAAAAACGGGGAGUUGAUGAUGGUUCACCAUGGGGAGAUUUUGACAUCCCCGGGGCACGUAGUCAUAUCCCAAGGAUUCCAGGGUAUAUCACAGCAGCUGAGGAACCUAUCCCACGGACAGUUAAGAUGGAAACUCCAACCACCAAGAUGCCAGAGGUAAAAACUUUCCGAAAUAAGAACUGCCUUGAUCUAAAAAUCAGUCGAAAUGGAGAUGUAACAACUUGCAACGAAAACUUAGACAAAAUUGCAUCACGAUCAGAAAGUUGCAAGUCACUAGGAGGAAUUUUAGAUGCAAAAACGAACGUCAGUAAUAUGUCUCCUCCUUGGGUGAACACGGGGAAGCCAGAAGAUUUUUUACAAGGAACAAAAACAAGAUUAUUGCUUGACGAACGGGAAAGUGGAAAUUCUCAGUUUUAUCCUAACAUUCAAGGAGACACCUGUUUUGGAAAUAAGGCUUCAAGAACGCCUCUAGAAUCAACAGAAUCUUGGAAUAAAAGUAUUUUCUCGCGAAGAGAAGACGAAUGUGUAGAUGAAUUCGAGACAUCUCUACCAGAGGCUGUUUCAUACACCGCGAAUGGAAAUAUCGCUACUAAAUCACCAGUGUCAAAGGAACGUAAUAAAGACUUGAGAUCCUCUGGAUUUUUGGGAGAAAACUUCAUUAACGCUCAUACAGACACGAAGCGUACAAAGUUUCAAAAUGUAGGGGCGAAAUCUUUUGAGCCUCUACACAAAAUUAAUUUUAAUCCACUCCCUCUAACUUCGUCAGAUUGUAGAGACAUAAAAGGAGACGACAGGUUCUUGUUUUCCCUCUCGGAGAAACUGGAAAGUAAGAAUGUAAGUGUACAAAGACGUGUUAAACUGUCAGAAAUUUUCAAGGGUAGUAGACAUUUUGUGAACAGUUCCAGGAACAAAGCCUCGCCAAAGUUAGUAGAUGUCGCGAACGGACCCAAAGACUCACCCAACGGAGAGCCUGAAAAAUUGUCUACUGGCACAACUCUUAGCAAGUCGAUACCAAAAACUAGGCAUUCAGGAGAAACGGAUUUGGUCGAUUCAACACCACAUGAUAGGGAAAAGUUAUCAGUUCAAGACGGGGUUAGUUCUUCUCCAUCUCAACUCAAUUCAGUUGAAAUAAAGAAGAAGUCGUUGUUUGAACUUGGAAGUUGCCUCUCUCAUGGUAAAGAUCUCGAAAUGAAACUUGCAGUUGAAGUAACAAAUUCCUUGCCAAUCUCUUCUUCAUCGUUUAAAGACCUUGACAUUCCUCUUGGAAUGAUUCACACGGAGUUAGUUCUUGGUCCGCCAAACUCUUUUUCUUGUAGAAUAGAUGGUCUUCUAUUGGAAAACACUUCAACUUUUCAGUUUUCUUCUUCAAGUCAGAAUCUUCCUGCUUGCAAACUUCUCCUGGCUCUUAUUAAUGGAGAUGUCACGCCGGAAUUUCGUCAUGCGGGACUGAACAACGAAUUGCAGAUUCUCAGAAUUAUCAGGAAUGAAGAUUUCAAAUCAUCCGUUUUCAAUCAGGAAAAAGACUGGUACCGAAGCGUUACAGCAAGCCUCAGUAAUCACAAAAUUGGUAUCCUUGUCGUCAAAGGAAUCGUUCAUGAUUCAGUGUUAGAUUAUUGUUCAUCACACAACAUAACGGUGCUUCAAAGCGUUUCAUAUCCAGUCCUUCAACUCCUUUCCUUUGCAACCGGCUCUGCGAUAAUUACUUAUCUCGCUGACUUGAGGGAACAGGAUCUAGGAGGACCUGUUACCAUAGAAACGUGGGAACUCGGCUGGGCGCCAUGUUUAGUUAGACACAGCAAGCCAAAAGGCAGCAGGGAUGGUGACGUCAGAGGGAUAAAGACCUGUCAGUAUGUCCUUGUUAGAGAAGUGGCGGAGGCGAGUUCGGGUCGCGAAGAUUUCAACAGUCCUUUACAGACAGUACUUCUCUGUAGCCCUUGUAAAGAUGUCCUCUGUGAUAUGGAGGAGAGGUUCUGGAAUUCGAUCUAUCGGUUGAAAAAUACCCUCUCCUGCGGCCGAGUUCUACCUGGAGCGGGUGAAAUUGAAGCUGCCUGCAUCCGACGGCUGACUGAAUUAGCAGACAAACAUGCUGCACCGGCGUUCUCUUCAAGUCCUCUCCCUGGAUGGUUACAGGAAAGUUUAGAGGUAUUCAGGCCUUUGGUUUACACGGCAUUUGCCCAAGGACUCAAAUACUUUUUGUGCAGCAUUCUUCUCAACUCUGGAGACUUUACUUCGCUCAGCGGUACGUCUGUCUAUGUUGAACAGUUAGUCAACGAAGGUUUGACACUAGAUAUUCUUGAGAAAUCUAAAGACGAUCAUUCCGAUGAUCAUCGAGGGGAACCUCGGAGAGCUAGAGGAAUCAAAGGUGGCCACGCGAAAGAUCGCGUUCCUUCAUGCGAUCCCACGGGAUUCCCCGCCGAAAAUGUCCGAGAUCCCUUUGACUCGAGGCAAGUAACUUACAAGGUCAAAAGCAGUGUAUUUGAUGAUUACACAGCUAAGAAAGAAGCAUGGCGGCGCGCUGUGGCUGUCAUAAGAAUUCUUCUUCAAUCGGACAUGUUAGUAGAGACAGGACUAGGGCAAAGCAAAAGCGAAAUAGUUCUCUUUUAAGGGGAAAUUGGUAAAGCUAACAAAGAAUUAUGGUAUUUUCGACGAAGAAUCGGGAGUAAAUCGGGAUCCCUAUGAUCUUUGUACGUUUCGCUCUGUGAUUGGUCCAGAAAACUCGUAAUAGAGUGUCUGUGACUUGGUUUGCGGAACCCGAAGGUCCGAAGGCACGAAGGUUUGAUUCCGCGUCGGAACUCGGGAUUUUCCCUUUGUCCCACGCUCAUGAUUAGACGAAUUCCAUCUGUUUUUUUUUUCUUUUUUAAAUACCCAUCGGUUGACUCAUUCAUUCCCAAGAUCUCAUUGGUAAUUCUCCUUACUGUCUUACAGUUCUUACGCUGUUAGUUCGGAAAAUUUGGUAUUGAAUCAAACUAAUAAUCCCCUAGUUGAUAUUUUUCCUAAUUAUCAUCGCCUGUCUGGUUGAUAUGGUAUAGCCUUAGAUAUUCUAAGGAUAAAUUAUGU